UCGAGACCGGAUGCGCGCCCACCUCAUCACCUCGACUGACGUGAGCCGAAUGCUGUCGCCGGUGCACAGCAUGUCAACGGUUGAGGCUCCAUGACUUGCAAUAUUGCCCUCCCCACCGUCUGACGUACGUACACGCUGUACAGGUAAGCGCCGCUGCCAGCAGCCUGCAGCCUUACCACUAUCCAGCUCGCUCCCCUUGCUACUCCCAAGUAGCCAUCAUGUAUGUGCGUGCGUUGAUUAGAUGAAACAGACCUGGAUGCUGCACCCUCGCCGGUGCAUACGAGCCGGAGUAAGGUGUGCGCUUUGUCCCAUGGGUUCGACUGUUUGGUGCUUGUCCCCGCCUGUCAAGCUCAACCCUCAGCGGCGGAAACGACAUCACAUGUGCCCUUCGCAUUCCUAA